AGGACUUUAAAAAUGGAGUGUUGGACCAGACUCGAAAACUGGCAACCUUACCAUACACUUUUCCUAUCAUCUGUAUUACGAAAGAAUAGAAAUAUGGCUGUGUGCAGAGUGGGCCAACUUUUACCGAAACAAACAUGCGUAUUCUUAUGCGAUAUGCAAGAAAAAUUUCGUCCAACUAUCAAGUAUUUUAACGAAAUCGUUCAAGUUUCUUCUAGAAUAUUAAAAGGAGCCAAAGCGUUAGAUAUACCCGUCAUUGUAACCGAACAAUAUCGAAAAGGUCUUGGUCCUACUGUAUCAGAAUUAGGAAUUGCAGAUUAUGCAGAUAUUAAACCUUUUCAUAAAACACAGUUUUCAAUGCUGACAGAUGAUGUAAUUAAAACACUAAAAUCAAAAUCUGAUGAUAUUAAAUCAGUUGUUUUGUGUGGUAUUGAAACCCAUGUUUGUAUACAAGGAACUACAUUAUCAUUGAUAAAAAAUGGCUAUGAUGUUCAUGUUGUAGUUGAUGCCUGUUCUUCUAGAAGCAUGAUUGAUAGGUAAGAAUGUUUAUUCAAGUA